GCGCGGCCGCCGUUGGCCGUUAGGGCGGCUUGGGUGGUUGUCUUGGAGAACCAAGAUGGCGGCGACGACGGCCACGGUGGUGGCGGAGGAGGACACAGAGCUGCGGGACCUGCUGGUGCAGACGCUGGAGAACAGCGGCGUCCUGAACCGCAUCAAGGCUGAACUCAGAGCGACUGUGUUUUUAGCACUGGAAGAACAAGAAAAAGUAGAGAACAAAACUCCUUUGGUCAAUGAGAGCUUGAAAAAGUUUUUAAAUACAAAAGACGGUCGUUUAGUGGCUAGUCUCGUGGCAGAAUUUCUUCAGUUUUUUAACCUUGACUUCACCUUGGCUGUUUUCCAUCCUGAAACUAGCACACUUCAAGGUCUUGAAGGUCGGGAGAACUUAGCCCGAGAUUUAGGAAUCAUUGAAGCAGAAGGUACCGUGGGUGGACCCUUAUUAUUAGAAGUGAUUAGACGCUGCCAACAGAAAGAGAAAGGACCUACCAGUGGGGAAGGUGCAUUGGAUCUGUCCGAUGGACAUCCUCCUUCAAAGUCACCUGAAGGAAAAACAAGUGCCAACUCCACCCCAAGUAAGAUACCAAGGUAUAAAGGACAAGGUAAGAAGAAGACAAGCGGGCAGAAGUCUGGUGACAAGAAGACCAGCAGUGAGACCAGUCAGAGUGAGACCAGUGUCUCCUUGUCAGAGCCAAAGAGCAGGAGCAGCCUGCACUCGCUGGCCCACGAGACAAGAAUCGCAUCCUUCCUGAGCAGCAGUACUCUAGACGCCAAAGACAGAAGUGCUCCUUGUCCAGAUGAAGAUGAUGCAGAAGGGGAUUCUUUCUUUGAUGAUCCCAUUCCCAAGCCAGAAAAAACAUACGGUUGGAGAAGUGAACCUAGGAAGCAAGUGGGGAGUCUGGCCUCACUUUCUGACAUACCCCCCUUAAGGAGCGGUCUGAGCUCCCUGGCAGGUGCCCCUUCAUUAACAGAUGCCGCUGAGAGUAAAAGAGGAAGCACUGUCCUGAAGGAUCUGAAAUUGGUCAGUGAGAAAAUUGGAUCACUUGGACUAGCGAGCCUUCCUGCUGUCAUUCAGCGUCACUCCCAGCAUCCAGAGUUCAGCCCUGUGCUGGGAAAUGGCCAUAGCAACAACCUGGACCAUCCUUUGCCUUGUAGCGUUCAGACUGUAGUAGGAACAUGCCCUAGCCUGUAUUUUUAUGAAAGACCUCCAGAAGAGGCUGUGGCCAGACCUGGUGAUCAAUUAUUCUUCAGAAUUCUUUUUCAUCUUUCCCUUCUUAUAAUUAGUGCUAGCCACCGCUCAGAAAAAAGUGAAUUAAGUAUUGGUGAAGAAAUUGAAGAAGACCUUUCCAUGGGCAUAGACGACGUUAACAGCAGUGAUAAACUUGAUGACCUCACACAAGACCUGACUGUUUCCCAGCUCAGCGACGUGGCCGAUUAUCUGGAAGAUGUUGCAUAGACAGGAAAGGAAGUAUUGUGACCAGCAGAAGAAGAAGGACUUUCGGCUCCAGGGUCCCAGUCAGUCACUCUUGCUGGAACGUGCGCUCCUGCUGGCACCUUGCAUUUCAAACAGACUGCAGAUAUUUUUAAAAGUUAACUUUUCAGUUUAGUAAACAAAAUACUUCCUAUAUGAGCCUGUGUCUAGGAGAUUAAUAUGCUUGAUUUGGUUUAGCUUUAUAUCUCCAAGGAAAUGGUAUUUGGGCUCAUUAUAGCAAGGGAACCCCUGAAGUAUCAGUGUUAAAGAGCAUAAAGAGGGAUCAGUAUAGCCGUAGUUGUGUCACUUUGUCUCAGGCUGCUGCCGAGAUCUUUGAACCUUACUGUUAGCCAUCCUGACCCACAUAGUGGGCAUUAAGUGGGUUAGCCCAAAGUUGGUAACUGACCUGAUAAAUCUGUGAUGCUGAAACGUACCAAUACAAGGUAAAUUGAUGUGUGAACUUUAUUUUGUAUUUCCUUCCAUUUGGAAGGUUUGUUAGACCAUUAAGGUUAUAUUAAAGUUUUCUGUGCUAUUAGUUUUGCUUGUUUUAAACUAGGAGUGGCUUGGACUCUUAAUUGGCAGACUUUGUCGCUAACAGUUAACAUUUAAGGUCGCAUUUCAUCCUGCUGUCUCAAGCAGCUGUAGACGCAGAUUACUUCAGUACAGUCUUAACUUAUUAUUUCUAAAGAUGCCUUGAAACAUCCACUACCAAAAUACAUCUGAAACCAUUAAGCAGUGCUUUUAUUUCAGAUCUGUAAGUUGAUUAUAUUUAAAUCCAAAUUGGAAUGAAAUAGUAGUAAUGGCCUAAGACCAUGUAUAUUCAGUUUGACAGACUUUGUACACUGUACAUAAUUGUACUGUAGUCCUUAAAAAUUUUGAGUCAAUAAUAGAAUUUCUGGCAGAUUUAAUUUGUGCUGUUGUGUAUAGUGCUGCAGGGAUAUAGGCCACUGGCAUUUGUAGUGCUAAAAUAUUUUAAAUGUACAUACACCAUCAUACUGCUAAGUAGAAUUUAGGAAUUGUGAAACUUUGAUACAUUUCAUUUUAAUUAAGACUGUUAAAAGUUACCUUUAUUGCCGGGCAGUGGUGGUGCGUGCCUUUAAUCCCAGCACUUGGGAGGCAGAAGCAGGCGGAUCUCUGGGAGUUCAAGGCCAGCCUGGUCUACAAGAGCUAGUUCUGGGACAGGCACCAAAGCUACAGAGAAACCAAAAAAAAAAAAAAAAAUGUUAAAAAAAAGUUACCUUAAUUAAUAAAAAGAGAAAUUGGAAAUCAUCCAUCCAUGUUGAGUGAGUGAGCAGAAGCUGUGGUUUGUACCAAUGCCACUUUCCAUUCCAUGAUUUCUAAGUAGAGCAGUGACAUUUCUCAGCUGUAGUGCAGAGGAAGUGAGAGCGUAGUAAAGCUUCGGGCUCUGACAGUAGAGUCUGGCUCUUUAAAGCUCAGUGAAACUGAACUAUAAACAUCAAGAGGAAGUAGGACAGAAAGUGGGCCGGGUGGCCUGGAAGCCCCGUGUAUUUCUGUCCGCUAUCUGCCCUGACAUGGUGCUGUCUGCUCUUCACGCUUUACCCUUAGAAACAGUGCUGUCUGACUGCUGUUAGAAACUGUCUCACCCUGUGCUGUCUCUUUAAUGCCUUGUAGGAGCUCUAGAGCUGGUGGGCUCUGGAGUCCGGAUCAAAUGUGUGAUUUUACUAUUUGGUAAGCACUGCAAGUGAGGGAGCUGGCCCACCAGCAUGGCAGGAUGUGGCUUUCUCAUUUGAGGAAGACUUUCCAACAGUCAAGUGUGAAAUCUGUCACUUUCUAUUACCCAGUGACUGACCUUUUGGUGAUUCUGGAGAGGGUGGAGAGAAAAAGCUGAACGGCAGCUUUGUGGUCAGUACUACAGAAAGGUAUUGAGUCACUCUGAUAAUGUGAGGUUCAGCAAGGAGGAAGUUGUUUCCAGGUAUUCCUUGCUUAGGUAUUGUUAACCUGAUAAACUUUAAUGUGUAAAAUGACAGGUUCUGCAUAUAAUAAUGUUUCUUUGGUUUAAAGUGAAUUAAAAUGUUGACCAGUGGUAACCUAUA